AUGCAGAACUCUAUUGGUCCUUUCGAUGUCCUCUGUGGACGAGGUGGAGCCACGAAUAACAACAGUGGUAACAUCAAGUUUCGUGAAGUUGUAGCAAGCAAGCAAGUAGAAUACCUUGGUUCCAAGAAGAAGGAAAAGACGGCCAUUGCCAUUGCCGUCUAUGAGGAGGUCCUGGCUUCCGGUGGUCGCUUCUUGAAACGCGAUGAUGCCACGGGGGCGUGGGUAGAAGUGCUCAGGAAGAAGGCCAUUACCAAGGCAUCGCAAGCACUACGAGAAGGUCUCGAUGUCAAGAACAAGAAAGUUCGACAAAGCAAAGUCAGCGCCAAGUUCACUGACGAACAACGAAAGCAGCGAAUGAAUGUGGUCACUGGCAAAGUCGCGGCUCCCUCAUCCUCUCCUGCGCUGGUGAGUCUCGCAGGAGAAGAGAAUCAGGUUCCAGAGUUACAGGAAGAGGAAGAGGAAAAGACUCCGGCGGUUUUCUACCAGCAACGACCGGUCAAGGCGGAAGUCACGGAGGUGGCGGAAGUAUGA